UGCACAUGUUUAUUAACAAAGACAAAUUCUAUAAUAAUAUAGAAUGAAAGUAAAAAUACUUCGACGAACUGUGUUGUCUAUGACGUCGAACGACAUAAAUGCACCAGGAUGAGAGUGACGUCACAAAGCCCAAUGACGUAACAAUGAAAGAUCCUAAGGCAUUAUUGUGACGUAACAUCAAUAUCAUAGCAAGACGAUGAGUGAAAAAACUUUGAAGGAACUGAGAGAGGAAAUUGCACAGGAAAGAGAAUGGACUACUCUCCAUAAAAAAUCCAUCGAGCACUGGAAAACCAUCAUAGAUGAAAUGGAAGAUGAGAAAGAAGCAUUACGAGACAUUGAGUGGAAGACCAGAUACAACUAUCAAGUGGUCUGCAAUGCCUCUUUGGAGAAACAGAUAAAGAAGUUGAAAACAGAAGUUAACUCUGUCCGGAAUGGUGUAGCGUUAGCCCAGGUCUGCGGGGACUUGGACCAGAAGUCGAUCAAUGAAUGCAGACAGCAUGUAAAACACCUCAAGAACAAACUUUUAUCGCUUAGAGGACUGUGUACAUCAUACGAACACCAACGGGACGUGGAAUCGACCGAAUACCUCAAAACUCGCGAGCAGAUCCAGUCCAUCGCUCAUGACGUCAGAUUCAAGCAGACUAGCAAAGUAGCGAAGCAAGAGAAACAGGACCAAUAUCUGCCGCCAAUAAAUGUCCGACCGAGACAGGCCAAAGCGUCCAGUGCCCGCCACAAAAAGCCAGUAACACUGCCGCCAAUUAAUCCCAACCCGCAACAGCAGAAGCCCUCGUAUCUAUUGAUGCACGAGGAGACUAAAACGAAGAAAACUACAAAGAAUACCCCCCAAAAGAAGGUCCAUUUCUUAUUCGGCAAAGAUUAUAUUGACUCUGUUUGACUGCCAAGCUUCGUAACAGAGAAGCAAUAUAGUUAGAGCAACUCCUUCCAGAAGGAAUUUAAGAGAGAGAUCCUAUCCUUUGUAUGGAUAUCUAUGUCCCGAGUCAGCGAACCUUCCUCCUGAAAGACCUCCGCAAAUGUCUCACACCUAUCAGUUCUUGUCUUUGAGAUGAAAACAAAGUGUCAUGGAUAUUUUACUGUACAAAACAAGAUAAAUAUUUUGAACAAUAUAUAAAAUACACUCAGAAUUCAGAAAUACAAACUGAUUAAAGCAUCCUAAUUCACA